AUGGAGAGGAGAUGGAACGACAUCGUUGGUAGAAUUCCUAAUGAAAACCCAUUUGCUGAAUUAUAUCACAAUCCAAACGCAGAUUUAAAUGAUGAUUUACGCGUUGCGUUGUUUGAUAAGCUUGGAUCAACUGCUAAAAAGAAAGAUAAUAUCUUACCUUAUCCAGAAUUUUAUGGGCUGAUGCGCAAAUCAAACGAGGAACAGCGAGAAAUUUUGUUUCACAUUAUACAUCAUUUAAUACCAAACAACGAGCCAAUACAAAAACCAUUGUUGAUAUAUUUGACUGGGGCAGCUGGUAGUGGUAAAACGUUUGUAAUAAAAGCACUCAUGGAGAUUUAUAAUAGAUUUUCCGCCACGGAUGGAAUUUUCAACGCAUACAUUGCUUGUGCUUCAACCGGAAAAGCUGCUACAGCCAUAGGUGGAACAACGGUGCAUAAUGCUUUAAGUAUAUCACUCUCAAGGCUAUUGCCACUCACUAUCGAAAUAGCUUUUCAAUACAGAGCGCUAUUUGAGUUCAUUAAGGUUAUCAUUGACGAAGUAAGCAUGGUUUCAGCAGAAUUAUUGGAACAAAUUAAUGAACGUUUGAAGCAAUUUACUGCCUUGUUUACAAAAGCUUUUGGUGGAUUGGACGUGAUCCUUAUCGAAGAUUUGCGCCAAUUACCCCCUGUAAAAGCCACACCGAUCUUCAAGCAAAUAAAAAAAAAACUGGUGAAUCAAUUUGGCGAAAAUUUCAUCAAUUCGAACUCAAGAAGGUAA